UAAUGUAAGAUCAUAUUUUAACAAUCAAAACAGAAAAUGAUUGGAAUACACUUGUACUUUAAAAUCAAAAGCCAGUCAUUGUUGAUUUCUAUGCUGACUGGUUUUUUAAAUUAUUUAAUUAUUUAGGUGUGGUCCAUGCAAAGUGUUAAAACCCAAACUCCAUGCUCUACAUGAAUAAAGUUAAGGAAAGUGGGAAUUGGCAGUCCUCAAUGUAGACAUUGAAGAAUUACAAAAGAUUUCAUCUUAAUAUGCUGUAAGGAAUAUAAUAAAGUUUUUAGAAUUAAGGAAUUCCAGCUGUUUACUUAUUCCAUAAAGGUCAAUAAAUAUCUACCUUUUUGGGUAACAAUGAAGCCAAAGCAAAAGAAAUGGCAUCUAAGGCAGCAACAUUAUGAG